UGUGUUACGACAUGUGUAGCCUCGAAUGGUGCGAAGGAAGAGGCCAUGUCGGGAGCUCUGAGCAUGGCGGACGGAGCCACAGCUCCUCUUAAGGUCACGAAAUCCCUAACCCUAAGCUGCAGUGGAUCGUCGGCCAGCGUCCGCAUGGAUCGUUUCUUCGAUCUCGAUGUGCAAUGGCUUUGAAAGGUUGCUGGUUUCGCUGAUUGCUUGGGAUUGUUGGAGAUGUCGGAGGUUCCGAAGCUUAUCUACAUUGCGGUGGUGGACGACGUGGGGGAGAAGGGAGGAGGGGAAGGAGGUAAUGGCGGGAUGGAGACAGCCUCGUUUCGGUACACGAGACCCGUGUUACAGAACACGCUGCAACUCAUGGGAUGCAAAGCGCGGCAUGCCUUCAAGAUCAGCCGAAGGGUAUUUGAGCUUCUGAGAACGGAAUUUGUGGCUGAUUGCUUGGAUCAGGAUGAAGACCGGAAGGGCCUGGCUCAGCAAAGUGCUGAGACUGGUUACACAAUACCGUUUGAACAGUACAAGAAACUGACAACCGUAGUUUGUAGUAGAGAAAGAUUCUUGAAAGUUACUUGCGCUGCUCUAUCGGAAUACAAGUAUGUAGGUCCCAACCAGAGGGCUGACCUGAUGCUGGCGUGCAGAAUCCGAGAAAAAAAGGAAUCUGUGACUAUUCUCUUAUGUGGAACAAGUGGAUGCGGAAAGUCUACUCUGUCUGCUUUGCUGGGAAGCCGGUUGGGCCUCACCACUGUAAUCUCUACUGAUUCCAUACGGCAUAUGAUGAGAAGCUUUGUUGAUGAGAAGCAAAAUCCUCUCCUUUGGGCCUCAACAUAUCAUGCUGGAGAAUGCUUAGAUCCUCUAGCUGUUGCAGAAGCAAAGGCUAGACGGAAAGCAAAAAAACUUGCCAUCAUUUCUCAUCCCAUCAUAAAGGAUGAUUUUUCAGAUGGAACAUUGAAUGGAAAAGCUGACGGCCAAUCUUCUAUUAGAUUAGCUUCUGUAGACUCGAUUAGCAAAAGGCAAAUGGCUAUCAAAGGAUUUAAAGCACAGAGCGAGAUGGUUAUAGAUAGCUUGGACCGUUUGAUCACUGCUUGGGAGAAUCGAAGAGAAUCGGUUGUUGUUGAAGGUGUUCACUUGAGCCUCAAUUUUGUGAUGGGGCUAAUGAAGAAACAUCCUUCAAUAAUACCAUUCAUGAUCUAUAUUGGAAAUGAGGAAAAACAUACAGAGCGAUUUGCAGUACGUGCAAAGUAUAUGGCUCUAGAUCCUGCCAAGAAUAAGUACGUCAAAUAUAUAAAAAAUAUUAGGACAAUUCAGGACUAUCUUUGUGAUCGGGCAGACAAGCACUUGGUACCUAAAAUAAAUAAUACAAAUGUUGACCGCAGUGUUGCAGUAAUUCAUGCUACAAUCUUUAGCUGUUUACGCCGGCGUGCUGCAGGUGAACCUCUUUAUGAUCCAGCAACUAAUAUGGUGCCGGUAGUGGAUGAGGAGCAUAGAAAUCAAUGUGCCGCUGAUAUUCUGAGUUCCAAGGGUAUGUUCCAAUUAAUAAGGAGGCAAGGGUCUUCAAGGCAUGUCAUGGCUCUUCUUUACACAGAUGGCUCUGUUGCCAAAGCUUGGCCUUUCGAGUCUGCUGAUGGUAGUCUAAAAUCCCUAUCUGCCAAUGUUGAUGAGAAAAUAGUGGGAAUUCCCAUGUAUGGUUUCUUACCAAUUGGAAAGGCAGAACCUGUUAAUCUCCCAUUUGGUAAUUUUGGAAUCAGUGCCUGGCCUAGUGACACAGGUGGUACUAGUCAUACAGGAAGCGUUGAUGAUUCGAGGGCUGAUGGUACUGACACAGGAAGCAGAUACUUUUCCUCCUGUUGCAGCUCUCCAAGGAUGUCAGAAGCAGCUGCUAAAGAGCCAAAAGAGGAGUUAUCUGUCUCUGGCAGUGAAGAGGCUGAUGAUCACCCUGAUAUUGAUAGUGAUGAAGAUCUAAGUGAUGUCGCUAAGGAGAUCCAUGAUGAGAUGGAAGGUUCGGUUGAUGAGCACUCAACCAAAUCUGAUGAGGAGUAUGAUGAUCUAGCGAUGCGAGAUUUGUCAGAGGAUGAAGAACCAAGCGAGGAUAAGCAGCUAAUAUUUGACAGAAAAUUAUCAAAGAUUAGUUCAGAAAAGAGCUUGCAAGACGAAGAUAAGUACCAGCAGAACCUGCUUCUCUUCCUAAAUCUGACCGAGCAAUUCGCUGAAUCGCUGUGCUCCCACUCACUAAAUUCCAGGAAAGAGAGCAUUCUGGGUGCGAGGAUGAUGAAGCAGCGCUCCCUCAGCGAGACUCCGUAGCCAUUCAAAUCCAUAAAUGGUAAGGGCUUUAUCU